CGCGUGAUCCUCCCCGCUUCGUCCCGCACCAACUUCCCCACUGGCCUUGGCUUCUCCCUUCCCCCCCUCUCCCUCUCCCGCUCCCGCUCCCGCCUGAUUUUACUAACCGCUUCCGCCUUCCGGGAUUAUUAGCGCGCGAGACCCACCGCUAUAAUAACGCCGCUAGCGACUACCCAGUGGCUGCUUAACACGACACGCAUCGUGCUUCCGCCUGGCUGUUAGCGCGGCCGGCUACCAGCUCAGCCCAGCCAAGCUAGGGUUAGGGUUUGCGGCGAGCGCAUGCGCCUGGGAUGAUGACGCCGCAGCGGUCGCCGGCGGUGAUGGCGGGGGGAGGAGGGGGAGGCGGUGGGGGCGGUGGCGGGACGCCGGCGCUGCACUACCUGAGCGGGCCCUACGGGGACACGACGUACACCAAGGUGUUCGUGGGGGGCCUGGCGUGGGAGACGCGGAGCGAGGGCCUGCGCGCGCACUUCGAGGCCUACGGCGACAUCCUCGAGGCCGUCGUCAUCACCGACCGCGCCACCGGGAGGUCCAAGGGAUACGGAUUCGUGACCUUCCGGGAUCCAGAUUCGGCGAGGAUGGCCUGCAUGGACCCCUAUCCGGUAAUUGACGGGCGGCGUGCCAACUGUAAUCUUGCCAUCCUGGGGCGACCUGGACCAGCUGUGCCUUUUGGACCUAUAAGGCCGGUCAUUCCAUACAAUGGAGGUGCGGCGGUUCCAGGAGGCAUGUAUGUACCAAGCCCAACAUAUCAGCAACCCCCCUACAACUACUCGCAGGCUCUUGUGUAUCCCCCUUAUGGGCCAUCAACGUAUGGACCCGAAUACUUGUAUCCACAGAAUGCCUAUGGUCCAUAUGUUGGACAACAGUAUGUCCCGGUGUAUGGUGGUCCCAGAACAGUAGGGCCAGCGGUUUACCCAUAUGGGCAGUUCGGCCAACCUGUGCCAAGUGAUCAUUCUUAUUCACCUGGCUAUGUGCCAGGUCACCUUCUCCCACUAUCUAAUCAAAAUGCUGCAAAUGCGCGUGCAUCAGCGGUUCAGCAACAAUAUCCUCCAGGAGCUCCGCGCCCUCAGCAACAGCUCUUGCUCCCUGCUCGCGUGCAACAGUUCCCACCAAACAACGUCUCCGAACAAAUGUCGGGAUGACAAAAGGGAUGCCAGUGACAAAUUGGAGGUAUCCUCUAGUCUGCAGCAGGACUAAGAACAGCAGUACUGCUAAUUGGGCGGCGUGCUUCUUUUCUUGCAAACUGUUUUCUUUUUCAUUCUUAAAGGUUGUCCUUAUCCAUGGUUACUUGCAACACUUAUAAUGUGAAUGUUAAGCCGCUCCGUUGGAUGGGGCGGGAAGCACAGAGCAAGAGCUGGAGAAUGAAGCCACUCUUGCUCUGUUCAGUCAGUGUCUUGUACAUUCCCCAUCCCC